GCUUCAGACUUAUGCAGAACCCACAGAAUGAGCCUGCGAGGGGUAUUGUAAGCAUUCUACAGAUGCUGGUGGUCUCAUAUGGCUUCUUGUUUGAUCUCAGAACAGAUCUUAUAUUAUUUUAUGAAAGUUUAUUCUGUAGAAUUGAGAUGAAAUGAUGGUCCUGGGGAGAGUUUGGUACCUGGCAACUGUGACUGAUUAAGUUUGGCACUGGAACUUCAACCUCUGUUUCUUCUCAUGAAAGUCUGAGUGGAGCUGAACUUUGGAUUCGAUGUGCACAUGUUGUAUAUUGCUGUACAUUGCUGAAAAUGGAGUAUCAUAGGCCAGUGACAUGCUCUUUGGAAAAAGAGAUAUUUGAUUUGCCGUCACAUGACGUGAUUUCCAAUAUUCUGUCAGAGUACCUUCACAUCGAUAAACAGCCUACAUCUCAGACCAGACCUGAACCUGAACAACAGAAAAUAAACCCAGAGCUCAACCAAACUUUUGAUCCACAUUCACCACACAACAGUCCCCCUGUACCUGUUAUAAAAGAUGAUCCACAGACAGAUGAAGUCGCUGAACAUCAAACUAAAGAGCUGGAGAACUACCGUACAGCCAUGCACAGGAUGGCAGAUGACAUCAUCAUCCUGCGUUCUCAGGUGAGCAGUCUGGAGUCUGAGAACAGUCAGCUGAGACGUGAUCUCUCCCUGCAUCAGGAUCUGGGUCACACCCUGCUGGAUGACAUUGAUGUUGACGUCAUGACCAGGGCUGAGAUUGCUGAUCGGAUCGCUUCUCUGAAGUUAAAGCUGACCAGUGAAAGCAGCCGGGCCACUUCCCAAAAUGACAGAAUCCAACAGCUUCAGAAUGAGUUGAUCAAGAAAAACGACGCUGAGAAAGAGUUUAUUCAAUUGCAAAGGGUCCAUCAACAGCAGCAGGCGUUGUUAAAGAAAUAUCAGGCCCGUAGCAGCAAGAUAACUGCACUGCAGGAGACAGUUCACCAACAGGACAAGGUCAUUGAGAAGAUGGAGACAAUAUUGGAUGCAAAGUUAAGGGAGAGAAAUCAAGAGAAUCCAGAAAAGAAGAAACGUAAAGAUGAAGAGCACAAGAUGAGAGAGAUUGAGACUGUGCUUGCAACAGAAAACUCUCGACUUAGAGAAGAACUGAACAGACUGCGUACUCAACCCCUUCAAUUCAUCAUUCAUCAGCCUGUACAGUCCCAUCAGUCUUUCUCAGACAGUGAGAAACUGGAGUUAUUAACACAGCUGGCGAGAGCUGAGGGUCGAAUCCAGUCACUGGAACAACAGCUGAAGGAGAACUCCAGACAAUGGGGUAAAGAGAAACAAGACAUGUUGACUAGACUAAGUGAAUAUGAACAUGGAUUUGCUAGAACAUCAACUAUGGUUCUUCAUGACCUGCCUGUGGUGAGUUAUGUAAGCAUAUUUUUGUAUAUGUUUGACACAUUCAUAAAUGCAUUACAUAGAAUACAAUACAAUAAUUGCAUAAUGUAGAGUAA